AGCGCGGCCUCGGACAGCCGCGCGCCGCGCCCUCCGGCUCGUGGUCAGGCAGAGGACGCGCCCCCUGCCCGUCCCGCGGAGGGGCCCCUCGGCUUCCUCGCGGUCCGGCGGCCCCCGGGCUCCUUCCUGUCAGCCCCGGACAGAGUCCGCUCCAGUCGGGGACCCUCCGCUCGUCCACUGAGGAAGAGUGGACACCUGCCGCUGUAUCUCGCUAAACGGGGGCUUCUCUCUGCCGUCCCCUCACACCCACACAGGUGGCAGAGAUCCCGUUUUGCCCUCUUUUCCAACUCCAGAACCUUCUGACCUCCCCUAGUUCCUGCUGGCCCCUGCCCUCGCCCGGUCCACGCUCGCGGGGAGACAGCCCUCGGCCCCCGACGGCCUGGGCCUGGCGCGGUGCCUGCGGGCCCCUUCGCCACCACCGUCGCCUCCUCGCGCCUCCUCGCCCUUGGAGCCCCCGCCUGACCAGGGGCCAGUGGGGACCUGCUACCCAGGAUGUGAGCCCUUUUAGCCUGUAAUGCUGUGGCUGGCCCUUGGCCCCUUCCGUGCCAUGGAGAACCAGGUGCUGGUGAUUCGUAUCAAGAUUCCAAAUAGUGGCGCGGUGGACUGGACAGUGCACUCCGGGCCGCAGCUACUCUUCAGGGAUGUGCUGGAUGUGAUAGGACAGGUUCUGCCUGAAGCAACAACCACAGCAUUUGAAUAUGAAGAUGAAGAUGGUGAUCGAAUUACAGUGAGAAGUGAUGAAGAAAUGAAGGCAAUGCUGUCAUAUUAUUAUUCCACAGUAAUGGAACAGCAAGUAAAUGGACAGUUAAUAGAGCCUCUGCAGAUAUUUCCAAGAGCCUGCAAGCCUCCUGGGGAACGGAACAUACAUGGCCUGAAGGUGAAUACCCGGGCUGGACCUUCUCAACACAGCAGCCCAGCAGUCUCAGAUUCACUUCCAAGCAAUAGCUUAAAGAAGUCUUCUGCUGAACUGAAAAAAAUACUAGCCAAUGGCCAGAUGAAUGAACAAGACAUACGGUAUCGAGACACUCUUGGUCAUGGCAACGGAGGCACAGUCUACAAAGCCUAUCAUGUCCCAAGUGGGAAAAUAUUAGCUGUAAAGGUCAUACUACUAGAUAUUACACUGGAACUUCAGAAACAAAUUAUGUCUGAGUUGGAAAUUCUUUAUAAGUGUGAUUCAUCAUAUAUCAUAGGGUUUUAUGGUGCAUUUUUUGUAGAAAACAGAAUUUCGAUAUGUACAGAAUUCAUGGAUGGGGGAUCUUUGGAUGUAUAUAGAAAAAUUCCAGAGCAUGUCCUUGGAAGAAUUGCAGUAGCAGUUGUUAAAGGCCUUACCUAUUUGUGGAGUUUAAAGAUUUUACAUAGAGAUGUGAAGCCCUCCAAUAUGCUAGUAAACACAAGCGGACAGGUCAAGCUGUGUGAUUUUGGAGUUAGCACUCAGCUGGUGAAUUCUAUAGCCAAGACGUAUGUUGGAACAAAUGCUUAUAUGGCGCCUGAAAGAAUUUCAGGGGAGCAGUAUGGAAUCCAUUCUGACGUCUGGAGCUUAGGAAUCUCUUUCAUGGAGGAGCAGCAACACCUACAGAGGCCAGAAGUGUACUCACAGCUGCAUGACUCCAGUGAGCAGUUUGGAAAUGGAGACGUCCCCAGUGCUAAGUCUCUAGGGAUGGUGAUCAUGAUUAAAGUCACCCACUGUCAGAGGACACAGGUCAGCAUUACACAAACAUUUUGAAAGGGUGUCAUUUCUUAAUUCUUACUAUGAAGAUUAAAAUGGUUAUCAAAUUAAGCACAUGAGAUGAUUUUGGAGACACUUAACUCUAAUCUUUUCCCUUCUUGUGACCUUUUAGUCUUUAAUAAGAAAUAAGCCAUCUAAAUUAAUCAUAAUGCUUAAAUAUGUGAGAGUGAUUAUUCUAAGCAGUGAUGUGUAAGAGGGCCCUGUCAGUUAAGACUAUCAACCCCGAUACUGAAGAGUUUGUGUACUACGUUCAUUAAAGUAUUGUAGCGUAGAAACAACCAAGCCGUGUACCACCAGACUGACCAGGCUCUGGGAGACCUCACAUCACCAUCAUGGGAUCAUCAUAACCAACAAACGCUUAUUAUCUGCCUACUGCAAAAUACUAUUUCUCACAUCACAGAGAAUAUAUAAACGUUUAUGACUUAGAGUUUACCCUUAAACAAGUUAGAACUAGCCAGGCAUUACAGACACACAACGAUGCAGAACACUAGGAACUGUCACCAGGUGGGAUGUGAUAGAUGGCCAGGGAAUGAUACGGACAGGGACUGAUGUGAAUUUGGUCCUAAAAUUGUCCUCUGGAACUAACUCCUGACAGAAGAGGAGGAACAAUCUGAACCAAGUCCAGAAAGGAUAGGGAGCUUGGACUUCCAUCUAUUCCUCUCUUACACCAUCUCAGAUUCCAGAUGGGGAAAUUACCCUCAGGAUUGCAUUUUGAGUUGUGCAAAAAUUUGAAGAACACUUAUUUUUGUAUUAGAAAGGUAAAGUGUUUGCUUUCAUCCGUCAUGACUGGACUUUCUCUUUAAUUCAGUCUCUCACUAAAUUUCCUCUCAAUGUGCAGAACACCAUCGAAGAGACCUUUGCAGCUGUUUUUAAAUGACUUUUAGAGAUUUGGUUAUAUACCCAGAUAUUUUAAUUAGCUUUGCUCUGAUUAGAGCUACUGAUAGAAAUCACUUUGGAACAAUGAGUGUCUUCAAAGCUACAAAAGUGGGUCUGUUUAAAUGGAAGAGUUUUUUUCCUUUUUUUUUUUUAAUCAGUUAGCUGCCUCAUAUUUACUAUGGCCUAGUUGAAAAAAUAUAUAUAAUUUAAACCAUAGUAUACAACCAAAAAAUUAUUCAGUCAGAGUUUUUAGUCUAAUAUAGAUAGAUUGAUAUAUAUACACACACACAAACACAUAUACAUAUAUACACACAUAUAAACACACACACUCUUUUUUAAGAAAGUGAUGCCGGUGAAAUAGCCUAAUGGGAGAGGAAGGAGAAUUAUGUGUUUCGAGACAGCAGGGUUAGAAAGACCAAGCAACAUUUAAAGAUUGAAAACAAUAGCAUUUAGCAUGAAAUCUGUUUUUUAUCAUCCUUACCCAGCCAUUAGAAUGAAGAAAGACAGUGUCCAGCUGUAGCAGUAGUUUGCUAGCAGGAGAAUUAGAAGUAAAGGUACUAGUGCCUGAGGGGCGGGUCAUGAAUUAAUAAUUGCUAUGUGGCGGAUGAGCCCCGUCAGAAGAGCUGAAAAUGAGGAAGUUGCCUUGCAGAGCACUAUCAAUCACUCAGUGACCAUAACUUCCAGUAAUUAGUGUAUUUUAUGGGCCUUUGCUUCAGUGGCUCGAAAGCACAUAUGCUCCAGUCAGAGCUAAACUUUGCCGGAGUAAUAUUCCGGGAUGAUUUAUCCUCCUGCUGCACUGGGAUAUAACCCUAUAUUAGGUGAAGAUUGUGAACUAAGCUGCAAUAAAGUGUAAGUUUAGGUACAGUUUGCCCAGGUUGAGACCUCAAUGUAUCAUGCUUUUCAGCAUUUGUGGUUAGGCUACAGCAAGCAAUCAUUUUUAACAGUGAAACAAAUAAAGCAAUUAAAGGAACAGCAUUAGGAUAUUGUACUGGUGAAUUACUGUUGGCCUCUCCCUAUUUAAGUGUCCACUGUAAUGAGCCCAUUUCUAAUUUUAAAAAAAACUCUAUUAGAAACAUUUAUUUGUAAUGCUGUCCUUUCUCCACUAUUAUUAGUAAUCUGUGGGAUAUAAUGCAAGACCUUCUGAAUGAUGGGGAAGUGCUUGAUUUCUUUGUGCUACUGUGUUUGGGCUCCUUAAGUUAAAAUAAAUUUUCUUUUUAUCAGUGGACUAUGGCGAGGAUGAGGAAUUCUUUUGUAAAUAAUGGCACCUGCUUAGAAGCACUCCUGAUGGGAACCUCACAUUUAGGCUCUUUCUACACAAAGAAAACGUUUUAUUUGUGAGCUCUCAGAAGCACUUGGCGCUUUCUGUGCAGGUGUAAUGAGUUGUUUGCAAUGGUUCGCCCAUUGCACUAGAAGUCUCUGGGGCUUCUGCAGACAGGGUCCUUUGCCAUCGCCAAAACAUCUGUAUAGUCCAGAGUUCCUAGUAAUUUAACAAGCUUUGUCACCAACCUACAGUGUAACCUUGGGCAAAUUAAUUAAGCUUCUGGUGCCUCCAUUGGGUCAUAAUUCUGUUUGUGUUAAAGAAAUCCUUAGAGUUUAUAGGAAAGUGUUAUGUGAAAAGAAGUAUAAAUUGAAUAAGGAAAAGAUAUGCAUGGUUUCACUGUGUUCUUUUUCGAAUGAAAUGUUUCUACACCACUUUUAAUGAUGGUGUCCUUGAAUUUCCUCAAAAAGAGACCAGUGAUAAGCUAAUGUCACCAAGCUUGGGUGGAAAGGUGUAUACAGUUUGAUGUUUUUGUUACAUUUAUUAUCCCAUCUUUAAUUUGCAAUGUAUUAUAGUAUCAUGCAAGUUAAAACAAUAAUAGUAAAACAAACUAAUUUUCUUUAAUUAAAGUGAAUUAGGUUUUGAUUUUAAUAUAUUUGAUGUAGUGAAAACUGAUAAUGUGGAGGGUCCCAAAGGUUAUUAGGGCAUAUUUCUGUUGGGCCUGAUGGUGUUAGUAAUAACCCUGUUCCUCGUAGUUCUAGACAUGAACAAAUAUGUCACUUCAUCAGUCUCUGUUACUCGCACUUCUGCCCCUCCGCAGGGGUUGCAGAUUCCACAAGUUAUCAGCUAAUGGCGUUAUACAUUAAAAAUUGAAGCUUUCCUCACUCCGAGGCCUUGCAAGGCUUUGUUCUUAAGCCCUAGACACUUUGGAGUGCAGCUGCAAACUAUAGGCAGAAGAUUAAAUUAAUUUGUAACCUUUUUUUUUGGUCCUGCAUUACUAAAUCCUCCACGUUUAAUUGAAAUCCUACUUCAAGACGCUUUCUGUUUCUGUGUUCUUUGUUGUCAGUUUAACCUCCGAAGCACUUUAACAUUGGUAAAUUGCUGUUAUAUCCUUUGGAUUGUUUUUAAACCAUUCAGUAAGAGGACAGUGAAAUUGAUACAUGGGAAGAAAAGGAAAGUCGUAGGGUAGAUUUUGAGGUAUUUAAUAUUUAUUAUGGUUCUUCCAGCAUAGUUUCAGAUGAUUUAAACUCUCUCUUUAGGACUGUGUAAAUUGGUCUUGGGAUGAAACCUCACCUAGGGAAUUUUAUGUAAUCCAGUAGUUAAGUCUGAUUUUUUAAAGUUUCCCUGUGUCUGAGUGUUCCAAAGUGGCUGCUGCAUUUCUGUAAAACAAAGGUUUAACUGCAGUGCAGAAUCCUUGCAUGGAAAUUUAAUUGUGUAAAAUGUGCACAAGGUAGUUAAGAACAAAUUUUAGAACAUUUCAGACUAUAAAGUCCUCCUUCAGCUAGAUCACUGCCUGUAUUGAAAAUGCUUAUUUUCAAUUUGCAGUUACGUCGAGAAACAUAGAAUAUGUCAAAAUUAAGACUAAAAAAACCCAGUGCUCUUCAGUAUAACAGUAAAUUUAAAACUAUUCCCACAUUGUUGCUAUUCUCAGUAGGAGACCUGAUCACCAAAAACAUAUCCUGCGUUUGUGUUCUGUACUUACCUUCUGGCUACAAUGUAUGUUAUCUCUUUAUCAUUUAUGAUUGUGACAAUAAUAAUAAUAAUCAUGACUUGUUACCUUGUACCAGUCAUGACAGAGGGGGCCGAGUAGAUGUGUACAUGUUCCCAAAUCAACAGAAGCUAUUGUUGUUUCUUUGUACAUAGCUAUCUUCUAUCCUAACUUUUGUUAAAAUAUGAAGGUUUCUAUCAUGCAAUUGUUCUAUAUUUGGUAAUUGUUAGGAUUACACCCCCACACACGUAUAAUUGUUAUUUAGAUUGUAAAAUCCAACGUAUUCAAAUGCUGCUAAAUCAAGAGUAUUUCAUAGAUUAUGGUUGGACAAAUCCAAGAUGACACUAAGCAACAGUUCUAGUUUUAUAGUAAAAUAUUAGUAGUUCACUGUUAUUUAAAUGUAUUCCCAACUGUAAAUGUUUUCAGAGCUUUUUUUUUUGCCUUUUACAUAGUAAAUCGCUCACAGUAAACAGAGUAUUAGCAGUUUGCUGAAUCUUAAGUAUUUGGAAUUAAAAUCCACUUUUUAAAUUUAACGUUAAAUAGAAUCCUCUCCCUUCCUCAUUUCUACCUCCACCCCCUGAAAAAUAAAUAAAGCUUUUCCAAAUAUUUCACAGUGUGAGCCGCUCCCCUCCUGGGGAUGAAAAGGACGUGAGAGCCCUUUGAUGAACUGUUGGCGUCUAUGUGGGUCCACAUCUUUCAAUAUAUUUUUUUAAAAACUGGACUUAAGCUGCCUAUAUUUAAAUGCUUCUUUUGUAAAGAUGUUAAAGAGAGCAAAGAUUUCUAUUGGCUUAGCCCUAAUCUGUUUGCUUUGUUGUGAUUCUUUUUUUUCUCUUUAACUGUUAACCUAUUUAUAAAUCUAAAUCUACACACAAAGGUCGUUGGUUGGCUGAACUUAAACCAUUUUAGUCAGUAAAUUUAAUUAAGAAAAUACAGUGCAACUCAUAAGCAAAUGAGUUUUUUCCUAGUUUUAAACCAAACCACCCUCUUGAGUGCUGAUUGCCUUGCCCGACCCCUGGUGAUACAGAAACAGGCAAAAUUAAAAAGGACAUUAAAGCUUCAUUAAAUCUGAAACACAUUUAGUACAGUGACAUAUCUGCAGGCCAUUUCAGAGAAGAUUACAUACUCUCUUUUGUAAGUUUCCUAAUUUAUAAUACCUUGACAAUAAAAACUGGGGAAAUGCAAGUAGAUUAAUAGACCAGUUGGGGUAAAAGAUACAGAAUGGCCCCAGGUCCAGCUGUCUCUGAAAUAUUCACUCAUAGCAUAUGUGCUCCCUCUUCCCCAUAAGGGUUCAGUGUUUAUUUUGACUUUUGACAGCCUCAUGAAGAACUUGUUCUUCAUGCAGGCAUAUCUGCUACAAGCCCUUUUCCUUUUUAACCUUCUCCUAAUUGAACUUGAUAAAAGAGUUCUAGGCCCUGGCUAUAUAUUUCCUUCUCUUUUGGCAUAAGACAAAAUAGUGUGGAACAUAAACACUGCAGCUACAUUAAACCUAGAAGGACAGGAACAUACAUGGAAGGCAGCUCCCUCUCGCGGGGCCUUAAAGUGACUGCUGUGGUGCCAGCCUAAUAGUGCCACUGCCAGUUUUCACGGGUGCAGAAUUGGAAUCCUUGGCCUGCUGCUGGAGCAGCCCAGUGGUGACACUCUGUGUGAGAGAACAUGAUUAUUUGACUGCUCUGGUCAAGGACAAGAAACCAUUCUCUAUCCUCUGACUCAAAAGAGGUCAGACAUGCAAGAUGUCUUAGAAGCAGUUCUCCCAGGACUAUAGUUGACAGGCAGGCCUGAGAUUCCACAGGAUGUCAGGAAAGUACACACAAAGCAAAGCCAACCCCAGGAGUGGUGAGUUCACUAGUUCAAGCACUGCCACCUGCUCCCAGGCAGACUGGUACAGAGAGGCUCCAGUUGGCCAGCCUGUACUGAAUUUCUCUCUGUUCUCUUGCAUGGUGGUAUCUUACAGAAGAAAUGAAUGAUCAGCCACCCUUGUUACCUUGUACCAGUCAUGACAGAGGGGGCCGAGUAGAUGUGUACAUGUUCCCAAGUCAGCUGUAGCCUGUCCUCUCUAUAGAACAGUGAUGACUUGAGAAUUUGAGGCUUUGUGGUGAAGUGGGAAGAUUCAUAUUUUUCACCUUAUCCCACUCUUUUUUAAAACCUUCCAUUUAUCAUUGCUUACUUCUUUAAACUGCAAGAACCAGUGGCCAGUGUUGGCACCCGCCAGCUAGUUUAGAUCUUAAAUAUACUGUGGUAGACAAGUUUCUUCUGCUGGUAAGCCAUGUGGACAGAAUUCUUCCGUAGUCCUUAAUGACAUGUUGAACAUGUACCCAAUUGGAUGGCAGAGCCCCUGUAGAGGCGCUUGAGAUAGAAUGUUCCAAAUGCUUUUUAGUAGUUAUUAAGCUGUUGGUUUUUAUAGAUGAGAGAUCCUCCUCUUGGUAGUUUUCUAACUCCAAAUGGAGGAAUAUGCAAAAUUUGUAAUCCGCAGAUGAGUGUGAUGAUAGGUGACAGCUUUUGAUGAGCUGUCACUGCCUGUCAGUUCAGUAGAGAAUGGUGCAAACGCCUAGUCCACCCAUUAGUGCCACAAUAGACCACAGUAGCUCCUCCUGAAUUGGUGUGCACACUCAUUGGCCAGAAACACACUGUAUUUUCAAAAUGUGAGGCAAAUUGAUGGCACAUAUUGGGUGGGAGUGGAGUAGGGGCAGUGGAGAGCUGAAUCCCUCCCCUUCCAAAUAAAUAACUGUUUAUAGACAACAAACAUAAUCACACAACACCAUAAAAGGGAGUUUGGUUAAUAUCCACACUCUCUUUCCUUCACCCUACGUUGUAAUGUUUUACUAUUUAUAUUUGAAGGGAUUAAUGAUAUCCACCAAAUGAAAUAACAAUAGUAUAACUUUAUAUCUUGAAAAUCAAUGACCUCUGAGUAUUCAAGAAAUGAGUGCAAGGUAAUGAAACAUACAAGGUUUUCCAAAACAGAUAUAUAUAACUAUACAUCCAAAUGAGUGUUGCUUCUUUCAAAGUAGUCACCUUUCCUGGUCAUGUGGUUUUUUUUCCUUUACAUUGCUGUUGCUCAAACUGGUCUUACAACUUUGAAAAUUAAACUCAGCACUUCAUGUUUAUCCUUAGUAAGGAACAAAACAUUUAUUCUUUGAAGGUGGCUUUGGGUUUUGGUCAUACCUAUAGGGCAUUCAAACCUUAGUCAACAAAUAAUUUAGUGGAGCAAAAAUCUGAGGAGUAUAAUUUUAAAUCCAAGAUACAAUUCUAACAAAAUGAAGUAGAUGUUCUUCUCUUGCUUGAAAUGAUUCUGAAUACAGUUCCAAAAGAGGAGUUCAGAAAUGUUUGAGCAGUGUCAGUGUGUUUGAAAUAAAUGCACAACUUCUCAAAAUCUAGAAAAGCAAUGUAACAACACUGGAAAGAACAAUGGAUUAAGGUACAGAUCUUGGGGUCAGUCGCUAGGCUUCUACUGAUAAACUGUGUGGGAACUUCUUCAUUGGGACUCUGAGGUUCUAAUCUGUAAAAUGGAUUGAUUCUUUCUUGGAUCCAUUCCAGCUUCAGAGUUCCCUGAUGUAGUGAUUCUGCUUUGAAAGUAGUUACAAAUACGUGUAACGGAUUUUAGCCCUGAGACUGGGCCACAUUAUGAAGUUGCAAAAUUUUGCCGCUAUUUACUUUAAAUACGUUAUGGUAUGUUUGGUAAAUUUGAUCUCAUUACUUUAUAUCAAUCCUGUUCCUAGUUGAAUCUUUUGUUUGUACAGUGAGAAUCCAAAGGCCGAAAUUAAGUAACUGGCCUAGAAACAUA